UGAUUCCAGAGGUUUAGAAAGAAGUCCAUCAUGGCGGAAAAACAUGGCAGCAAGUAACAGGCAUGGUAGCAGGAGCAGAGAGCCUCAGAGCCUGUCCCCAGUGACAUAUGUCCUCCAGCAAAGGCCUGGAAGAAACGCUGGUUUAUCCUGCGGAGCGGCCGGAUGAGUGGCGACCCAGAUGUUCUGGAAUACUACAAGAAUGAACACUCCAAGAAACCCCUGCGGAUCAUCAACCUGAACUUCUGUGAGCAGGUGGAUGCAGGCCUGACCUUCAACAAGAAAGAGCUUCAAGAUAGUUUUGUGUUUGAUAUCAAGACCAGUGAGCGCACUUUUUACCUGGUGGCUGAGACAGAAGCCGACAUGAAUAAGUGGGUCCAGAGCAUCUGCCAGAUCUGCGGCUUCAAUCAGGCUGAGGAGAGCACAGACUCUCUGAGAAACCUUUCUUCGGUCAGUCAUGGUCCCCGCUCUUCUCCAGCUGAGUUCAGCAGCUCCAGUCAGCACCUGCUCCGAGAAAGGAAGUCCUCAGCCCCUUCACACUCUAGCCAGCCCACGUUAUUCACAUUUGAGCCCCCUGUGUCAAGCCACAUCCAGCCUGCCUUGUCUACCAGUGCACCUCAGGAGUAUCUCUACUUGCACCAGUGCAUAAGCCGAAGGACAGAAAAUGCAAGGAGUGCCAGCUUCUCUCAGGGCACCCGGCAGAAGAGUGAUACAGCCGUGCAAAAACUUGCCCAGGGCAAUGGACACUGUAUCAACGGAGUCAGCGGUCAAGUCCAUGGCUUCUAUAGCCUUCCCAAGCCAAGCCGACACAAUACAGAAUUCAAAGACAGUACUUAUGACCUCCCCCGUAGCCUGGCUUCACACAGCCACACCAAGGGCAGCCUCACAGGGUCUGAGACAGAUAAUGAGGAAGUGUACACCUUCAAGACACCCAGCAAUACCCUGUGUCGGGAGUUUGGAGACCUCCUAGUGGACAAUAUGGAUGUUCCAACCACCCCUCUCUCAGCCUACCAGAUUCCUAGAACAUUCACACUGGACAAGAACCACAAUGCCAUGACAGUGGCCACUCCCGGAGACUCAGCCAUAGCUCCCCCACCCCGGCCCCCCAAGCCAAGUCAGGCAGAAACACCUCGGUGGGGCAGCCCUCAGCAAAGACCUCCAGUUAGUGAAAAUAGCAGAUCUGUAGCUACUACUAUCCCCAGGCGCAACACCCUCCCUGCAAUGGACAACAGCCGACUCCACCGAGCUUCUUCCUGUGAGACCUACGAGUACCCAACACGAGGUGGAGAGAGCGCCAGCUGGUCUGCUGAAUCUCCAGGGAAGACUAUCGUGGGUCGAUCAGACAGUGCCAGCUCUGAUGACAACUACGUGCCCAUGAACCCAGGAUCUUCUACCCUGCUGGCUAUGGAACGAGCAGGGGACAAUUCCCAAAGUGUCUACAUCCCCAUGAGCCCAGGGCCCCAUCACUUUGACCCACUAGGCUACCCAUCCACAGCCCUUCCUAUUCAUAGAGGCCCCAGCCGAGGAAGUGAGAUCCAGCCACCCCCAGUCAAUCGCAAUCUCAAGCCUGACCGCAAAGCAAAGCCAACACCUCUUGACCUGAGAAACAAUGCUGUCAUCGAUGAGCUCCCUUUCAAGUCACCUGUCACCAAGUCUUGGUCCAGGGUCAA